AUGAACAAUAAACAUUAUCAACCGAAAACAUUUACUAAUAAAAAAGUUAAAAUUCAAAAAGAGAAUGAACCGUUUAAAACUAAACUGGGAACUAUUAAUGUUGAAACUUGCAUUAAUAGACUAAAUUCUUUCCCUGAUACUGAUAAUCUAGAAAAGUUAUUGAAAUUAAAAGAAGAAAGUAUAGAAAUACUUAAAAAUGAACUUAGGAAGUGA